GCCCUCCUCUCCGAGUGGGUGAGUGGCAACUUGCACCCCUUGCUCAGAAGCUGCUGUGGGCGCCUCUCCGGAAGGCGUGGGGCGAGGGAGCCUCCCUGCUGUGUCCUCCUCCCCCCGCUUGGCUUGUGCGUCACUGCGUGGUCUACUAGACUCCUUUAGGAGUCUGUGUAGCCAUCCCGGUUGGGUGGCCUUUGCCCGGCUAAUGCGCUCUGGCCCAGACCUGCGGGUUUGUGCGCGCGGUAAUCAGUCGCCAGGGUGUGUGGAUUCUCUGGGGCUUGUGGACCCCCCACUGCAGUUCCCCAAAUGCACUCUGGCCCUGGGGUACCAACCAUAACAGUUUGUGAGGCAGCAGGAUCAGAUGCAACAGGAGUUGUACCGAUGGACUGAAUGUUUCUGAAAAACAUGCAAGACACUUCACGCUCAAAGGAGGAGGAGGAGUGGGCUCUGCCGGAUCCAGACCAAAGAGAACCCUCACAGCUAAGAGAUGGAGGAGAAUGGUGGGAAUCCGGCCUCACUGGCAGGUGACAGUGGGAAGAGGAAGAAUGAGGGGGAACCCAGCGGAGCAUUGUUGGGAAGUGCCAGAUGGAGAAAGAGGAAACAGCAGCGACAAAAACCGAGAGCAAAACAAGAAAAAAAACGGAGGAACAGAAAUGGAUCAUCUGCUUCCCAGCAGGGAAUACAAACAAUAAUGCAGGAGGAGACAGAAAGAAGCCUUUGCCAGGGAAGUAGGAAAGGUUUCCGUUCUGAAACAAGCUUUCAACCUCAGUGCAAAAUUCAGCCAGGGGAUACAUUAUUUGAAUGCUUGGACUGUGGAAAGAGUUUCAGUGCAAGAGGAAAACUAACUAGGCACCAUAGAACGCACACUGGGGAGAAACCACAUAAAUGCUUGGAGUGUGGAAAGAGCUUCAGCAGCACUGGAGAUCUCAAUGUGCAUCAUAGAAUCCAUACUGGGGAGAAACCACAUAAAUGCUUGGAGUGUGGAAAGAGUUUCAGCACAAGAGGAGAACUAACCAGUCAUCAUAGAACCCACACUGGGGAGAAACCAUAUAAAUGCUGGGAAUGUGGAAAGAGCUUCAGCAGGAGUGGAGAGCUCACUGUGCACUACAAAACCCACACUGGGGAGAAACCAUAUAAAUGCUGGGAAUGUGGAAAAAGCUUCAUCAGGAGUGGAGAACUCACUGUGCAUUAUAGAACCCACACUGGGGAGAAACCAUAUAAAUGCUGGGAAUGUGGAAAGAGCUUCAGCAUGAAAGGAAAUCUUGCUACACAUUAUAGUAUCCACACUGGUGAGAAACCACAUAAAUGCUUGGAGUGUGGAAAGAGAUUCCGUACAAAUGGAGAAGUUAAGUUGCAUCAUAGAACCCACAGUGGGGAGAAACCACAUAAAUGCUUGGAGUGUGGGAGGAGCUUCAGCUGCAGUGGAAAUCUUACUGUGCAUCAUAGAACCCACACUGGGGAGAAACCACAUAAAUGUUUGGAGUGUGGAAAAAGCUUUAGGCAGAGUGCACACCUUACUAUGCACCAUAGUACCCACACUGGGGAGAAAUCACAUAAAUGCUUGGAGUGUGGAAAAAGAUUCACUACAAAUGGAGAACUUAAUGUGCACCAUAGAACCCACACUGGGGAGAAACCAUAUAAAUGCUUGGAGUGUGGAAAGAGCUUCAGCUGCAGUGGAAAUCUUACUAUGCACCAUAGAACCCACACUGGGGAGAAACCACAUAAGUGCUUGGAGUGUGGAAAGAGCUUUAGAACGAGUGGAGAACUCACUGUGCAUCAUAGAACCCACACUGGGGAGAAACCACAUAAAUGCUUGGAGUGUGGAAAGAUCUUCAGGACGAGUGGACAACUAACUAGUCAUCAUAAAACCCACACUGGGGAGAAACCACAUACAUGCUUGGAGUGUGGAAAGAGUUUCAAUACUAGGGCAAACCUUACUACUCACCAAGAAACACAUUCAGGGUAGAAACCAUAUACAUGUUUGGCACAUGGAAAGAGCUUAAGUCUCAGGGCUAUGCUUACUUCUGCAGUAUUCAUAGAUCCGUGUUUGUAUCUGUUCCAGAUCAAUGUGUAUAUUUGGUUCAAACAGAUCAAUGUAUCUUAGUGUUUCAUGACAUCUGCUUUCUUUUAAUUGUCUCUGAAUAUAGUUCUGCGUUCGUCUCUGGCAUGUGGACUCUGGAUGAAACAGGAGGAGGGCAGACCAUCAUUUUCAAAGUACGAAAUUUCCCUCACUAGGAUGAUCACAUGCAAAGUUUGUCUCCUUGCCUUUCUAGAGAGGAGGGUAAGCAACCACAUGGCUAACACCUUAGAGCCCCCUCCAACAUCCUCUUGAACUACAACUCCCAUCAUCCCCUGCUAGCAUGGCUCUAAACCACACACAUCCAUUUUGCAGAUUAAAUCUCUCAAGUGCUCUUUCAGUAUUUUGGAGACAUUAAAAAUACAUCAGGACAUUCUCGGGCCAGCCCGUUCAUGAAGAAGGGGGAGAUGGGCUGCUUCCGGCAACAAUGGAUCAGCCACUUUCCAGGGGAAUCCCAGAAGCCCACCCACCGGCACCCACUCCUCGCAAAGACAGGUGCAGAGGAAGGCAGGCAAAGUGGUACCAUGCUGCUUUUCCUCUUCCUUCCCCAAUAUGAAAGGAAGGAAGGAGGAAAGAUAGGGAAGGAAGGUAGGGGGAAAGAUCUGAGUCAGAGGAAGGGAGGGACAGAGUGUUGUUGUUUUUUUAAUGUGACUUUAAAAAGAGAGAAAUGGAAGGUGGUGGCACCUUUUGGGAAUUGCUCUGCACAUGGACUUUUCUAGUUUAGCUGCUAUACAAAUAAACAUAAUCUCAUGGUG